GUACCUUGAACACACUGAUCAUGUAUUUAAGAAUGUCGGUCCAUUCGUGGAUACUGGCUAUCGGCCAUCCCGACCUACAUCGUCACAAUGUCGGAAGUCAUCGCCCUCACCUGUGCGUCCGGAAAGCAAUGCAGUCACAUCAUUCCGUUGCUGUAUGACAAUCCAAAGUACAAGCUCCGGCUGGUGGUGCAUUCUCAGCACUCUCUGGACCGCCUCCAGAAACAAUACCCAGAUGCUGAGGUCCUUCAAGCCGAACUCGAUUCCUCAGACGAUUGUGCGAAGAUCCUCGAUGGAGCAACCACGAUAUACUACGUCAGUCCGACAUUCAGCCCAAAGGAGGCAUACUUCGGCAUCAAUGUUAUCGACGCUGCUUUGGCGGAAUCACGAAAAUCCGGCUCAAAGUUCCAGCACUUUGUCUUCAGCUCAGUCCUGCAUCCGGAGCUCACAAAGCUCUUGAAUCACGACAGGAAGCGAUAUAUCGAAGAGUAUCUGACCGAGUCAAUGCUGUCCUACACUAUCCUUCAACCAAGCCACUUUGCUGACAAUGCCAUUGGGCAGUUGAUCGCGCAGAAAGACGCAGAUCAUCCUGCUUACAAGGCCGCGUAUAGUCCGCAUGUCUCGUUCUCAUACACCGCGCUCAAGGACCAUGGCGAGGCAUCGGUGAAAAUAAUCCAGGAGCGAUCAAAGCAUUUCUAUGCAACGUACCAGAUCGUGAGUACAUUGCCCAUGAAAUAUACCGAGUACAUCAUGUCAAUUGGCGAAGUGAUGGGAAAGAAUUUCGAGAUCCAACAGGUGCCGUAUGAGGAAAGCGUUGGCACCGUCUGUGAGCGCAUUUUUGGAACGCGAGAGGGUGUCCCGCAGACUCUGAAGGAUGGGCCAGAGAGAUUGUUGCUGUAUUAUAACGAGCGCGGAUUAUACAGCAACCCGAAUAUACUGGAGUGGCUGAUUGGGCGCAAGGGGACCACUCCCGCGCAAUUGGCAAAGGAGUUGAUUGAGGCCGGAGCUUGAAGGUCGCUGGAAGACAUCCGAGGUGGCCGUUGAGUACGCAUGCGGUAGAUAUGAUCUACUACGGUCUCAUGGGUAAAUCGUCUAAUUUGACGCUAGGGUGCCAUUCUCGACAAACAGCAGCGAGGACAAUUUAUGUGGCAGGAUGGCCUCCUGUUCAAUGCGAGGUCCGACUGCUGCUUCGACAAUUCAGGCGGUAGCUGUUUGGCAGCCCGGUUACGCGAGUUCCAUUACACGAUUUACCCAUGAGACCAUGAUAAUUACCACUGCAGCUGCGGUGAGAACUGAGAUACCUUAUGACCUCGAUCGAUGAGGGGUUCCUUGAACUGCUUCAUUCAGGCCUUGUAUAACAACCAUCUCAACACUG